UAUUUUUUUUUCUUUCUCUUGAAAUUGGAAUAUGUCGUAUCGAAAGUGGUAGAUAUUUGUAGUUUGUUUUUUUCCUUCCUAUUUAAAUAUGUCAUAUUUCUCUCGUGUACAUAUGUCGAUAAAUAACCAAUAGCGUAGCUAGCGAUAGCAGAGGUGAAAGGAAAGCAAAUAUGGCAUCCGAACAGAAAAAAGGAUAUAGGAAAUUGAGCGGUAUUUUGAAAUCCAGAACUUUUGAUAGCGGUUUAGACCAUCGUGAUAAUCGCGGCGUGAAAAUAUACAUUAAAAAUCAGUAUGGCAACAAUGGAGCUCUUCCUCCCGAAAUCGAUGAAGAACAAUUUGAACAUUUGAAAGAUAUGUAUUACAAACAAUGUCAACCUAUAAACGCGAAUUUAAUUAGAAAGCUAACCGAGAAACGUACCGCUUCGAAUUACAAUUAUUACGAUUCGGCUCAGUGUAGUAGAGUGAUUCCACCACGUAUCGAUAGCGCCCACCACAACGUAGUAUCCAGUAUGGCUCGUCCUAGUCGUCGAGACGUCGCUGUGAACUCUCGCGAUCAGAAAAGCUCUGGAAAUGGCAGAAGUGGUGCGGUUAAAAAGCCCGAUACCAACACGAGGAAUCACAGCUGCGCUAAAUGUCAUCGACGUCAUUAUUGAUGCUUGUUCGCUUAUAUGCAAAAUUAAGAAGCCAGCAUUUCCUUGCGAUUUAGCUGAUAUGGUGGUGUUUUAAAUUUGACGUGUAUAAAUUGACACUGAUGAUGUACACGGUACACCAGUAUUACGCGUAUGCGUAGCGACAAAAUCGUAUUACCUAGUGUUAAAUUUAGCAACGAAAUCUCCAAUUUACUAGUGACGUUGUUGUGCGGAAAAUUUCUUACGCGUGCGAAUAAAAAAAUUUUUCCACGA